UCUAAAAAUCUUUUGAUGCAACUCUGCAUAAGUGCCAAAUUCUUGAUCAAAACAAAAUAAAUGAUAUUUCAUUUUUAAAUCGCGUGUAGUCUUUAUACUACAGUUUAAUUUACUUUUCUUUGAAAUAUAACCAAAUAAUAAUUUUGUAAUAAAAUGUCCAACUUUGAACUGCUUAGCGAGCAAGGAUUACGUUUAGAUGGCCGUAGGCCACAUGAACUUCGUUGUAUUAAAUGUAAACUUGGUGUAUUUGAGCAACCUGAUGGCAGCGCAUAUUUAGAGCAGGGCAAUACAAAAGUACUUGCUGCUGUAUAUGGGCCACAUCAAGCACAAAGCAAUAAACUAGAUCUUAAUGAAGUAGUUAUUAAUUGUCAAUAUAGUAUGGCGACAUUUUCAACUGCGGAACGUAAGAAUAGACCACGCGGUGACCGAAAAUCACAAGAAAUCACUCUAUACCUAAGACAGGCUUUACGUGCGGCCAUUAAAACGGAACUUUAUCCACGUUCACAGAUUGAUGUAUAUGUAGAAGUGUUACAAGCAGAUGGUGCUAAUUAUGCAGUUGCUCUUAAUGCCGCCACAUUAGCACUAGUGGAUGCCGGUAUAUGUCUUAAAGAAUAUGUUGUGGCAUGUACUGCUUCGUUAAGUAAAAAUAAUAUUCCCCUCACCGAUGUAUCACAUGUUGAAGAAAUGUCUGGUGGACCAACAUUAACAGUGGCAUCUUUACCAACAUCAAAUAAAAUUGCAUUCAUGGAAAUGUCACAGCGUUUCCAUCUCGAUAACUUACCGGCUGUUAUGGAGCAGGCGUUAAAUGGCUGCCGUGAAAUACAGGCUAUUAUGGAGAAAGAAGUGCGUAAACAUCUCAUGCAGAUGGGUUCAGCUGGAGACUGGAGUAAUAUUGCUAAAUAAUUUUUAAGUAAUUUGAGCAUAAUAAAACACUAUUAUUAUACGCUUAGA